GCUGUCAGGGGGCGCGCGGUCCGGAGCAGGAGGCGGUGGCGGCGGCCCCGGGAGCGAGUGUCCCUCGGCCGGCCCGAAAUGGUCCGGGGCGUCGUGGGCUGGGGCUGCUUAUGGCUGUGGUGCUCCGCGUGCGUGCUGGCCCACGGUUUGCGCAUCCAUGAGUAUCUGUACUUCCAAGUGCUGAGUCCAGGGGACAUUCGCUACAUCUUCACUGUCACGCCUGCCAAGGAUUUUGGGGGUGUCUUCCACACCAGGUACGAGCAGAUCCAGCUUGUCCCGGCUGACCCCCCGGAGGCCUGUGGACCACUCAACAACGGGUUUUUCAUCCAGGACCAGAUUGCCUUGGUGGAGCGGGGGGGCUGUUCCUUCCUCUCCAAGACGAGGGUGGUACAGGAACACGGGGGCCGGGCGGUGAUCAUCUCCGACAACGCGGCCGACAAUGACAGCUUCUACGUGGAGAUGAUCCAGGACAGCAGCCACCGCACGGCCGACAUCCCGGCUCUCUUCCUGCUGGGCAGAGAUGGCUACAUGAUCCGCCGCUCCCUGGAACAGCACGGGCUGCCCUGGGCCAUCAUCUCCAUCCCAGUCAAUGUCACCAGCAUCCCCACCUUUGAACUGUUGCAGCCGCCUUGGACGUUUUGGUAGAAGAGAUGCCAGGCCCCCCAGCCUCCAGACUGAGGGAAAAGAGGCACCUGAGCCCUGGCCUCUGGUUGAAGCUAACAGCCCCAGAAGCUGGGGUUAGGCUGAGCGAAGGCGGGGCUCCCACCCUCCACCCCCUGCCUCGCCCAAGGGCCCACACCCCUGAGAGAUGGUGCCCGGAGCUAGGCUAGUCACAAGCUGGGGCACAGGGACCGGGGAGGGGCUUGGAGACAAGCCCCUUCUCUGGCCCCCUGCAUUGAGCACAAUAAAGCCUUGGGAGAUUUUUA